AUGCAUGCGUUUUUUUAUGUACAUGGUCGGGUCGGGUCGGGCGUAGGGUAUCACGAAGAGGUCCUAAACCUGCCACUCGCUGGCAUCGAGGCUGUCCUGUCAAGUGACGACCUGCAAGUAGCCUCCGAGGAUGCAGUCUACGACUUUGUCCUCAAGUGGGCCCGGGUCCACUACCCGAGGCCCGACGAGCGCCGUGAGGUCCUUACCACCCACCUUAUCCGCCUCGUCCGCUUCCCGUGCAUGACCUGCCGAAAGCUCAAAAAAGUCCUCACGUGCACCGAUAUCGACCCGGAGGUUGCCUCCAAAGUCGUGCUCGAUGCUCUCUUCUUCAAGGCUGAGGCUCCGUACCGCCAGCGGGCCCUCGUGGCCGACGACUCGGGCCCAUCCAUCCGCCGCUUCACCGAACGGGCCUACAAGUACAGGCCCGUUAAGGUCAUCGAGUUCGAGGCGCCACGUCACCAGUGCGUGGUGUACCUGGACUUGAAACGGGAGGAGUGCGUGCAGCUGUUCCCUUCGGGCCGGGUGUACUCGCAGGCUUUUCACCUUGGCGGGCAGGGCUUUUUCUUAUCGGGCCACUGCAAUAUGGACCAGAACAGCUCGUUUCACUGUUUCGGGCUUUUUCUUGGGAUGCAAGAAAAAGGGUCGUUGGCUUUCACGGUUGACUACGAGUUUGCGAAUUAUGAACAUAUAUAUGCGCCUUUGCACUCUGACAAUACUCUCCAUCUCCUCCGGCGGCGCGUGUAA